CAGCCGAAGCCUGGCCCAGCUUUAGGCCUCACUGUUGCUGUGAGAACAUCAGCAUGUCUGAGCCACUGCGGGCUGAGACUUUUGUGUUCCUGGACCUGGAAGCCACUGGGCUCCCUAACAUGGAUCCUGAGAUUGCAGAGAUAUCCCUUUUUGCUGUUCACCGAUCUUCCUUGGAGAACCCAGAACGGGAUGAUUCUGGUUCCUUGGUGCUGCCCCGUGUUCUGGACAAGCUCACAUUGUGCAUGUGCCCAGAGCGCCCCUUUACUGCCAAGGCCAGUGAGAUUACUGGUUUGAGCAGUGAAGGCCUGAUGAACUGCCGGAAGGCUGCUUUCAAUGACGCUGUGGUGAGGACACUGCAGGGCUUCCUGAGCCGCCAGGAGGGCCCCAUCUGCCUUGUGGCCCACAAUGGAUUCGAUUAUGACUUCCCACUAUUAUGCACGGAGCUACAACGUCUGGGUGCCCAUCUGCCUCGAGACACUGUUUGCCUGGACACACUGCCUGCAUUGCGGGGCCUGGACCGUGUGCAUAGCCAUGGCACCAGGGCUCAAGGCCGCAAAAGCUACAGCCUGGCCAGUCUCUUCCACCGCUACUUCCAGGCUGAGCCCAGUGCUGCCCAUUCAGCAGAGGGUGAUGUGAACACCCUGCUUCUGAUCUUCCUACACCGUGCUCCUGAGCUGCUUGCCUGGGCAGAUGAGCAGGCCCGCAGCUGGGUGCAUAUUGAGCCCAUGUAUGUGCCACCUGAUGGACCAAGCCUCGAGGCCUGAAUGCCAGCGCCAUCCAUUCAUCCAGGCUUUGAGUUAUGUCUUUGAUCUCUGUAGCACCUUCAUGUCCUUCUUUAGCCCUGGCCUAUGUGGCCAUUGGAUCCUAGAGUCUUCUCUGUGUUCCACCUCCAGUUGGGCACCCUCUGGCCAGGCCAUGAGUUCCUAUAAGUUGCUCCAUUCUAUUUUUCAAUAAACAUCACCAACUAUUAACCAGCUUA